AAAGGGAUUCGUGAUCCUUACCAGCACCCACGUUGACACCAAUUGCCAGAGAUGGCGAACCCCAAUGCGAUGCGGCCGUCGAUAGGUCGCGUAUUGCGCCUCCAGGAGACUCUGCAAUGGCUGCCCACGACACCGGCGACGGCCACCCAACCCCGAACCGCAGCGGCAUGCUUCUCGACUUCGGCUGCGCACUCGGUGCGCAAGACCCGCGACAACAAUCGCCUGCGAGGUGUCAGUACCAUGAAGAGAUCCGGUCCCCGUGAGCCGCUGUCCGUAUCAUGGGAGACGCUACCCAAGCCGUCAAACUACAAACGUGAGGUUCCUACGGACCCGAACCACGGGCUCUGGGACUUCUUCUACGGCAAGAACAAGCUCUUGAACACGCCCAAAGAGGACCAGUCUCAUGGCCGUGCAUGGACAGUGGAGGAGCUGAGAAAGAAGAACUGGGAAGACCUCCACUCGCUGUGGUACGUCUGCCUGAAGGAGAGAAACCGCAUUGCGACGACGAGUCUCGAGCGUGAGAGACGCAAAGUCGGUUUCGGAGGAUUCGAGGCCAACAGCAGGGACGAGACGGUUGUCACGACAAUGAAGGCGAUCAAGCAUGUCUUGACCGAACGUUUUUACCUCUGGGAGGAUGCGCGCAGACUGGCCGAGAACGACCCCGAAAUCAAUCUCUCUGGUGAAGGAGAGGCAUACACGCCGCUGGCAGGAUACGAGAACAUGGAAGAGGGCAACAAGUACCUCGCCGAGGAGGUCGAGGCCGCAGCUGUCGAGUCACCAGUUAUCGAGGCUCAAGCCGUCGAGGCGCCCGUCGAGCCUCAGGCAGAGAAGAAGGAAGCCGCACCUGUUACGCCAGAGGCUGAGGAAGAGGCCGAGGUCAAGGUGAAGCCACCGCACCCGGCGAAGAAGGUCAAGCCCAGCAAACCGGUUGAGAGCAAACCUGCGCCGGCGAUGCCCAAGCCGAAGAUCUGAGCGGCUCUGUUUGUUAUCUCCCCGUUCAGCGCGAGGGUCGCAGACGGGAGAGUCAUGUAUCAUUGUAUCCAGACAUGUAUAGAAUCUUGUACGAUACGAAUAUUUUGUGCCAGGCG